AUAACUCUAUGGAGACCAAGAGAAACCAUAAAAGUGAUCUCAAUUUCUCAAGAGUGAGCAUCAACAACGACUUCAACCAAAUCAAGAGGAGAUUUUUGCCUGCCCUCAAAAGAUUGCCAGAUCUUUAACCGCAAACAAGAUGGAAGAGAAUAUGGAAGCUACUCCACAAAUUGAUCAUAUCAAACCAGCUGAAUGUCGUCAUGAUUCCGAGGCCAUUGCGAACGGUGGGCCUUGCAUCCACAGGAUUCCCAACAAACUUCGCAAAGUGAAUGAAGCAGCAUACACUCCUCAAUUACUUUCAAUAGGACCUUUUCACCAUGGCAAUCCAAAACUCCUGGACAUGGAAGGCCACAAGAAAAGGCACUAUGAAAAUUUUCUCCGACGUUGCUCCAAGAGUGAGGCUACACUAACAAGUUUCAUUGAGGCGCGCCAAAAAAACAUUCUUCAGUGUUAUGCAGGGGCAAUUGAGCUUGCCACAUUCAACAUUGUGGACGUAAUUCUAGUGGAUGCCUGCUUCAUCAUUGAGCUGUUCUUGGCAAACUUCGAAAAGAUACAAAAUGAGUACUUAUUUGGAUCACCAUGGCUACGGAAAGCGGUAGAGCAGGACCUGAUUCUGUUUGAAAAUCAGCUUCCAUAUUCAGUUCUUCUAGAGCUGUAUGACUUUGCCAAUCCGGCCUCUUCCAUUUCCAUUCCCCGGGAAGAACAAGCACAAAAAGUUGAUGAAGUCUGUAGCCGUCACCUUGGUGAUUCUGGAGCAAUCGGUGUACUCGAAGCUCCAUCCGUUGAUAACUUUCUUGAGCUUACCUGUCAGUUCUUUAAAGAUCACAGCAAGGGAAAAUCAGUCAGAAAAGGAGUACAACCGAAACACUUCACUGAUUUGGUAAGAUAUUUUUUAAGUCCAGAUGAAACAAUGACCUGGAGAGAUGACAGUAGCAGGACCCCUAUAAAAAAUAUAUAUAAUAUCAGACAGCUGACUGCCUCCGGGGUGAAAUUUGUGCCCAUACUUGAAGAUCCAAGCUAUGUCAUAAGAGACGAGACUAAUAAGGUGAAGUUCCACUUAGGUACUGGACAUAUGGACCUGAAGAUCACACAAUUUUGUGUGAAGUACGAGACAGAAUGCAUUGUCCGAAACGUCAUGGCCUUGGAGCAGUUUGUGUAUCCAUUCAACACUUGCAUCUGCAAUUACUUUCUGCUAAUGGAUCAACUUGUGGACAUUAUGGAAGACGUUGAUUUGCUGGUCAAAAACAAAGUCAUUGUCAACUUGCUCGGAAGCAAUGAAGCUGUGACAAAGCUGAUCAACGGACUUUGUGUUAACAUUAUGGAAGAACAAUCGUGUCGAUAUGCUGAUAUAUGUAGACAACUUAAUGAGCACUAUGAGAAUCGUUGGAACCGUACUCUGGCAACCAUGAGGCAAGUUUACUUCAGGGAUCUUUGGACAGCUAGUUCAACUUUGGUUGCACUUCUUAUCCUGUUUUUCACAACCUUUGGAUUCAUUAAGUCCAUCAGAGACGGUAUUUAGCUUUAAGCUAAAUCUGUAUGGUGAAAUUUAUUAGUCAUAUUUACAUUGUUUCGCAGA